AUGGAAGCCGCGGGAUACAUGGGACGAAUCCUGAUGCAUGACAAUCCAUGGUCAACAUCUGGGUUUCGACUACAGAUCUUCUGCCUGAUUCUGGCUCCAACCUUUAUUGCCGCCGCGUUAGACUUCUUCAUUGCAUCUAGGAAGCAUCUGCGCGAAGAUUUGCAGGGAGAGGCUGUGACUGAAAAGCCUCAACGAAAAGUCUGUUUAGUACUUGCUGCAGAGCUCGCCGCCUAUAUCACAGUUCUCAUUCGAUGCAUUUAUCGCCUUCCUGAGAUGGCGGGCGGAUGGGGGAACGAAUUGAUGCAGAGCGAAAUGGAUUUUUUGGUUCUUGAUGGAAUGAUGGUUGCUUUGGCCUGUCUGGUAUUCACAGUCGUCCACCCAGGACUAUAUCUCCCCACAAUGGGGACAGGACGGAGUCAUUGGUAA